CGGGACACAAUAAAGUCCUUGACAACCAAAACCUGUUCUUCAAAUGCUGAUUUGAACGUAUUGCCUCACGGCUUUUCCGUUCAAAAUCGGUAGGCUUUUAGUUCAUAUCUAUGGGCAUCUUAAGAAUUAUUUUGGCUUAGAAUUAGGGCAUAUUUAUCAGUUUAUACGCUGAAGCCGCUCAGCACUGGACAAKACCUCAUUGGUUCASCAACAAGGAUAACAUGAGCCACGCUGCACCAGGCCAACUAGAGGCCUAUAACAGCCUCCAGGAUAAACACCUGGCUGGGUACUUUAACAACAAUCGUAUGAAGAAACAUCUUGUGAAGUCAGGACUGAUAACUAAAAAAGGUAAGCUCAUAGAUGAAAAAACCUACAGACUCAAUAUGGCCAAGAAAGAACAUAGAAAGCAUGUUAGAGACCUUUUAGCUACAGCAAUCCUACAUAAAGCUCUUGAUUUGGAGCGGGACAGACAGUAUCAAAUCAGGAAACGUUUGGAUGAGAUUUACAAAGUGGAGCUAGUCAGAAGGGUGAAGGAUGAAAGAGGUAGAAAAGGUGAUGAGCACAUUCUUCCAUUACUGACUCCACGUGAAAGAUCAGCCAGACGUAAAGCACGGAAACAUGUCAGACCUUCAACUGCACCAGCAGGAUCAUCACAAGACAUGAGUGCAGCUCACCCAUCAGAUAUCCAGUAUGAUGAAGCCACAGGGAAACUCUGCUACACUGUUGAAAGUGGUCAAGAAACUGCGAUGAAUGCAUACUUGAGAGAUGAUUCUGAUCCUAACUCACCAUACACAAGAGCAUAUCCUGGUACAUACCCUGUCCCUGCUCCUCCCCCCACAGGUACUCCACGCAGGACUAGACCCAGUACUUCCUCAGCCACACGCAGGAAAACUAGACCACAUAGGUUUCAUUAUCUUGCAAGGACAGAACCUGCUGUAGCUCAUCGAGUACAGUUGCAGUCCAUGGCAGAGGUCACUAUGAAGUUCCUUGGUCCCAGUCUGACUCUAACUAACAGUAUGUUUCCUGAGGAUCGAUUAUGUGAAGUCAUGGUGUUACAGCAACACUGUGGUGGAAGUACGCUGUGUGUAUUUAGAGAACUUUUACCGCCAAACACUAUCUUUACAUUCAUAUCGCGCCGCCAUCGUGGUUCACCGUUUGGUUUGACAUUGUACAUCGAUUCCAUGCAAGAUAUUAGACUGAGCUCUUGUUGUGAAUACAAACAUAAACCUGGUCAUAUACUAGGGGGUCGUAAUGGACACUUCCAGUUUGUACAGGUGGAAGGAGCUGCACCCUGUUACAAGUAA